GGGGCAAGCAAAGCAUUAGGGACUGAACGGAUUCGUAGCAUCAAGACACACUACUCUGGAAAGGACUGGUUGGCUUGACGUUGAGCAUAAACCAUGGCAGGCCAUGACGCGCGAAAGGGACUCGAGCUGGCACUGAAAAUUCUAGAGCGAGAUAUGAUGGGCAUCGAAUUCGACGUUCAUCCUCGCGAGCCAUGGAUUGUUUUUAUUUCUGAAGAUCGUUUAUCUCUUCGAGUGUGGAACUAUGAAGAUGGGCGGCAGGUUGCCAUUCGGGUUUCUAACGACUUGUUGAGAGCGAAAUUCCUUGCCCAGAAGCAUAGGGUUGCUGUGUUCAAGACCGGCGUCACCCAAGACUCCACUGAGUUGAUCAUCUAUGAGAUCGUGCAAACUUCCGUUGGCCAGAUCUGGAAGAUAAAAGCAGUGCAAACAUUAGGAGCGGAUCUGCUAGAUCUCAGGAAUUUUGUUGCUCAUUCCACAGCACAGUCUAUAUUAACGACCCGUCCUUAUGCACCUUCUUUCCCUUACUUAAGGCAACGCAUUGACUUCCGUGAUUUAGAACGGAAUUUGUUUAAGUGCCAUUUUCCAAAUGAUGAGACUCGGAUAACGACACUGCACUUCCAUCCUCAUAAAUCACACAUUCAUGCAGCUGGCGAUUCUAACGGGAAUAUAUUGAUCUUGGAUGCUGAGAAGCAGGAUUCUCUGUGUCUUCUCCACACGUUUGAAGGUGAGAGCCCAGUGACCUCUACAACAUUCUCCACUAGACCCCGGAAUUCACUCCUUAUCACCGGUCAUAAAUGUGGCAAGUUCAUGGUUUGGGAUCACGAGAGCAAAGAAUGUGUCGUAACUUGUGACGAUGCACAUGAGCAUGCCGUAGUGCAGGCUUUUUUCCAUCCCGACUUGCCGUACAUAAUCAGUGCAUCUGACGAUGGGACCAUCAAGAUCUGGAACGAUUCAAAUUAUCAGUUAGCAAAGAUCCUCCGCAGUGGCCUUGUUGAGGGAUUGGCGAAGGCAGUUCUGUGCAGAAACGACAGUACACUUGUGCUUGGGCGCAAAGAAACAUUGUGUUUCAUUACCAUUGAAGGUGUGAGCUCCAAGGCCAACGUAGAGGGGGGAGUGCAAACGGAGGGGGGAGAUGCAAGAGCAGAGUCGGACAAAAGUCUUCGAUUUGAGAGAGCAGAUCCACCGAGGAUCAAGCAACUGGAGACUGAGUUGAGCACUGUGAGGGCAGAGAGGACGGCGCUGAAAAAGGGAUUCCGAAGUGAGGAAGUGAUGCGAGUGCAUGCACAGAAGAUAACGGAGCUUCAAACCAAGCUGAGCAAUGUGUGGGCAGAGAGGCAGACACUAGAAGUGACACUUGAGAGAUUCAGAGCUGAGCAUGAGAGGGCAGAAGGAUUGCUGUCGGAGAGGGUAAAGCAGCUGGAGCAUGAAAACAACAGUCUGUUGGCCCAAAGGCAGGUCCUCGAAGACAAACUUGAGAGAUCAAAGGUCAGGGUUCACGAACUGGAACGGAGGUUGGAGACAGAAGGAGGUGCACCGGGGAGAUUGGAGAAUUCUUCUGGAGUACGAACAAUGAACAUGCAUCCAUGCAGAGAGUUUCCCUUGGAAGAAUUGAAGACUGCAACAAAUGACUUCCAUGACAACUGCAAACUCCGACAAUGGCAUUACGGAUGUGUCUACAUGGGAAAGAUCAUGGGAAUGGUCACACCAGUCGAAGUAAAGAGACUCAAGAAGGGUGGAAACAGCAUGACAGAAAAUUCAUGUGGCCAAUUGACAAGGGAGCUUGUGGAUCGGUUGAGGUCUCUUCGGCAUCCUCACCUGCAGAUGCUUCUUGGAGUCUGCUACGAAGGAAACUGUCUCGUUUACGAGCACAUGGCCAAAGGAAACGUGAAAGAGUGGAUCUCCUCCUCGAGAGGGUCACAAAGGGGUUUCCUCCCAUGGUACGUUCGUCUGCGGAUAAUUGCUCAGGUCGCCCAAGCCCUGUCGUUCCUUCACACCAACCAGCCACAGAGAGGUGGUGGUGGUCCCAUCAUCCACCGCACCAUCAAGCCGGAAAACAUCUGCUUGGAUGGUGAGUUCGUUGCCAAGAUCACAGAGGCUGACAUGGCCUUGCAGCCCUUGCUUGCCCAGCCCGCUACUGAAGACGGUGAAUCACCGACUAAUAUGCAUCUGCUCCCCUCAAGUGAUGCAAGGUACCUGGCCCCAGAGUUCUCCCAAACUGAGGUCUUUACUCAGCAGACCGAUGUUUACGCAUUCGGGAUCACCAUCCUGGAGAUCCUCACGGGAAAGUUUAGGAAUGCGUUCGGAAUCAUGGAAGACGCAGUGGAAGAUGUGGAAGCCUUCAGAAGGGCCCUGGACCCAAACGCAGGAAGCUGGGACAAUGAUCUGGCCUUGGAAGCUGCACGAGUGGGGUUGAGGUGUGCAAGUCUGAACAGACGCCACAGGCCAACUAUGAUGACAGGUGAGGGUGCCAUCCUGCCUUCGCUGGAGGCUAUUGCACAGAAACUGGAACUUGCUGACUCCCUUUGAGGAGUACAGGGCGCAGUCCAUACUUAUGAAUGGCGCUCAGGUCAUUUGAACACAACUGGGGCCAUUCAAAUGGGUGAGGCUAGGGUAGAGCUGGCCGUUCAAGGGUUCACCAGGUCGUUCAAACUUCAAAGGGAAAAGGAAGCCCAAAAAUGGGCCCCCUGGGUCCGGAAUGGGGUGGGGGAGUCUUAGGCCUAUCUCACCCCCAUUGAAUGAGUCUACUCCAUCGAGGUAAAGGAUGUGCAGACUCUGCAGAGCGUUAGCAUUCCGAAAUAGCUUAGUCAGAGUGAUGAAGGGGAAGGACGAAUCAAAGAACCCAAUUAUGGGGAAGUAAAGCUUGAUGAUGGAA